AUGCCUGUGCCACGGGCACGCGACACUCUGCCACGUGGACCACCAGGUAAACACAACCAGUUAUUCAUUAGGAUCAUGAUAGCUGAGUGCAAGGGGAAAGGGCUGAGUGCAAAAUGUGACUGCCAGCAUGGCACUUGCGGAAAUCAUUGCCAACGUUGUUGUUCCGGGGAGCGGUGGCUGCCACAUGAGCCUUGUUCUGGUAACGGCGGUACACCGGAGUGCUCUUGCGAGGAGAGGGGUACAUGCGCAUACGACGAUACUGGAGCCAUACUGUGCGUCAAUUGUACGGAGAAUCGUGCAGGUCCACUGUGUGACCGCUGCCUGAGCGGGUUCUACAGCGACGUGCCCGACGGACCCUGCCUGCCCUGCGACUGUGACCCUGAAGGAUCUGAUGGGUCUUGCCAAUGGGAUCGCAGACAGCACGAUAUUCUAUGCACGUGUUAUCCGGGCUUCACGGGUCAAUCGUGUGACGCUUGCGAGAAUCCUAACGCAGUGUUCCCAAACUGUCAAGAUGUCACCUCAGCCCCUGAUCUUACCUGCAAGUGUAAUCCCGGGGGCAUCGUAGACCCCACGCGUGUUUGUGACGACGUUUGCGAGUGUAAGGCAAACGUGUUGGGUGAGCGCUGUGACGUAUGCGCUGACGGUUAUUUCUGGUCGGGAUCGGGCUGUACCCGCUGCUACUGCUCGCAUCACGCACACUCCUGCCUACCCGCUGAUCAUACACCCCCUCCACCUGAUAUAAUCUUGCCAAUGGGUGAAGCGUGGAAGGUGACCGAUUCUAUGGGCAAUGAGACCGUCGAACCCUCGAUCGAUGAUCAGGGGAAUCCAUUUCUGAUAAGCUACGAGGUGGAGGGCUGGGAGUUGUACUAUUGGGUGAGCUCGGCCUGGAGCGGCGAACAGCUGGAAUGGUACGGGGGGCAGGUGAGCGCCGCCCUCGGCUGGGGCGUGGUGCGCGGCGACACCGGCGGGAGCCCCACGCAGGGACCUGAUUUCAUACUUCAAGCACAUGAUGGUACAAAAUUAGCAUUUGGUAACACGAGCCAUGAGCAACCCGGUCAACUGACGCUAACGGCUCCACUGCUAGAAGAUAGCUGGUACUCUUUGGAGGAGCCAGGCUUACCGAUCACCAGGACUCAACUGAUGGACGUGCUGGCUAACUUGAAGGCGUUGAUGCUCAGAGCGCACUUCCAUUUUGAUCAAGACGAGGUUCGCAUAGAGUGGGUGAAGGUGCAUAGUCGUGGCGUGGAGGUGGUGACGGAGCAGUGUGCGUGCGGGGUGGGGUACGCGGGCAGACACUGCCAGCACUGCGCCUGGCACCAUCUGUCGCAUGCGGGGCAAUGUCUGCCCUGCCCCUGCCAUCAACACGCCACGUGCACUACCGUGGAUGGGCCCUGUGGUGAAUGUCAACACAAUACGACAGGACCACAUUGUGAACGCUGUUUACCAGGACAUUACGGAAACCCGGUACAGGGUGAUUGCAAGCCGUGUGCGUGUCCAUUGUACUUGCCGUCGAACAACUUCAGUCCUAAUUGUGCGCUGGCUAGUGCCGAAGGCGAUGAAUUUGUUUGCACUCAGUGUCCAGAUGGCUAUGCUGGGGACCACUGUGAGAACUGCGACUUCGGUUACUGGGGCUCCCCCAGCACGCCGGGCGGGCGGUGCCAGCCGUGCGCGUGCGGCGGCUCCCCGUGCCACCCGCGCACCGGCGCCUGCCGCACCUGCCCGCCGCACGCAGAGGGCGCGCGCUGCGACCAGUGCGAGGACGGGUUGGGCGUGGUGUGCGUGGCGUGCGCGUGCGGCGGCGGCGCGCUGGCGGGCGCGUGCGACGCGCGCUCGGGGCUGUGCGCCUGCCGCCCGGGCUGGACCGGACGCGCCUGCGACCAAUGCGCCGCCGGACACGGAGGUAUAGCAGCAGGGUGUCCGGCGUGUCACUGCGGGGUAGCGGCACGCAGCAGCGAGUGUGACCCGGUAACCGGCGAGUGUGCAUGCGCUCCCGGCGCGGCACCGCCAUCUUGCGACACCUGCCUCGACGAACAUUAUAGCCUCAAUGCCACCGGCUGCACCGGAAAUGGCGAUUGGUUAGUGGUCAGUCAUGCGUUGGUGUCUGUUGGUGAUGGCCGUUGUGGUGGUGGGUGUGUGGGGUGUCAGUUCGCCGCGGCGAUGCGCUGGACGUGCAGCGCGGGAACGGCUCAAGGCGGCCGAGAAGGUGCGCGACAAGAGAUUCUAUCUGCUGUGUUGCGCGCCCGCAUGCGCGCAGAGGAGGCGUCCCUUACCACCCGCAAGGCGAUACCAGCCGUACCACAAGACGUGGUACGGACUCAAAUAUGGUAUGUGCUGAGAUUUAACGUGGCUUUGUAG